AUGGCUGCCUACGUUUUGUACUUCUUCUUCUACUUCUACUUCAUUUUCUUCACUCCCACGUCAUCAAACUCCACCGCCACCACCAACCACAAGUGGGUAGGUCCCUCCGGCCACCGUCAUAUCACCGUCGACAUCUAUGGGUUCGGUGACUACACGACGGUUCAGGCCGCCGUCGACUCCGUUUCCACAAAUAACCAGAAGAAUAUCCUCAUUCAUAUCACAGCCGGUGUUUACGUAGAAAAGGUGGUGGUUCCGGCGACUAAACCGUACAUAACUUUUGAAGGGGAAGGGAGGAAGACGACGGUGAUAGAAUGGCAUGACAGAGCAAGUGACCGUGGACCGGACGGGCAGCAGUUGCGUACUUAUCAGACAGCUUCAGUCACCGUCUAUGCUAACUAUUUCUCUGCCCGUAACAUUAGCUUUAAGAAUACGGCGCCGGCGCCAAUGCCGGGAAUGCAUGGGUGGCAAGCGGCGGCGUUUCGUAUUUCCGGCGAUAAAGCAUAUUUUUCCGGGUGUGGAUUCUAUGGGGCGCAGGAUACUUUAUGUGACGACGCAGGUCGUCACUAUUUCAAGGAGUGUUAUAUUGAGGGUUCCAUAGACUUCAUUUUUGGCAAUGGUCGAUCCAUGUACAAAGAUUGCGAGCUGCAUUCGAUAGCAAAACGAUUUGGAUCGAUAGCAGCACAGGAUAGAAGAAUACCAGACGACAAGAGCGGUUUUGCUUUCGUGGGGUGUAAGGUGACAGGUACCGGGCCAUUGUACGUUGGUCGAGCCAUGGGUCAGUACUCUCGGAUUGUCUACUCGUACACCUAUUUCGAUGACGUGGUUGCCCAUGGAGGUUGGGAUGAUUGGGACCAUACGGGCAAUAAAAGCAAGACAGCGUAUUUUGGAGUGUACAGAUGCUGGGGGCCAGGGGCAGCAGCAGUCCGAGGAGUAUCGUGGGCCCGAGAGUUAGAUUACGAAUCUGCCCAUAAAUUUCUCGUGAAGAGCUUUGUCAAUGGACGACACUGGAUUGCCCCCUCUGAUGCUUAGAUUUUUUCUUCACACCAU